UGUCAGUCAGUUUAGAAACAAAACGUUUAGAAUAUUCUGGUAUUACAAAUCCAAAUAACGGCUCUACAAGCAGACAGUAUGCUUAAUUUAUUUGUGAUUUUCAAAAAUGUGAAUGUAUAUUUAUCUUGGUACUUAUUUUAUUUACUUUUAAUAAUAGGAUUUUUUAGACUUGGUCCAGUGUAAAAAUCCCCCUCCUCUCGCGGAAAUCCUGAAAUCCGCUGGCUUUUUCUUCAGACAUCAUAGCUCACCAGCCCAGAGCAGCAAAGAAAAAAAUCGAGCAGUCAACGAGUAAAUGGACUAUAGAAGUGAUACGGAAAAGGGAAAGGCUGCUGCGUUCAAAUGCGUGUUUGUUGUGUGGAAUUACUUAUACGUGGUUAAGCAGUGAAGCGCCUCCCAGUGCCUCGGUCAUAGAUCUUAAAACCUACUGCAUAUAUGCAGAAUGUAUUUUUGGUUGAAGACGAUCCUAUAGCUGAGGAGGGUCCUUUCACUUGCCCACAGGGCCCCCCUCAACCUCAGUUUUACUUCCCUUUUUCUAUAGAUCUCAAUUUGCAUGGAUGCCGGAUCCCGGAACAUGCUAAAAUACUUCGGCAUUUAAACGUCGCUGGACUUUUUGACUGGAUUCGAAUUUUAUGCUGUUUUGGAAAUAACCUCGCACUUUUUCUAAAGGAAACAGACGACAGAACGGCAAGAUAACGGACAUUGACAAUUUUCUUAACCUCUCUUAAAACUCAAAAAGUUGGUGUAAAAAUAAAGUACUUAAAUUGUUAGAUGUUUGAUCAAACUACGAAUAUGGGCGAUGGAAUCGCCGAAGACCGAAACCACUGUGGAUCAAAUUCGCUGUGUCGUGAUAGAGGAAGAGAUUCUAAAAGCCGGACUGAUGUGGGAAACCGGUCACCUGUUCAGAUUUCUACUGACACACCAGGGACGUCGGCAUCCACACCGACUUCAUCUAGCGAGGAUGGCCACGAUAAACUUUUAGGAGUCGAUCCGGACUACUGUCGAAGAAUUUUAGUCAGAGACGCCAAGGGCACUAUUCGGGAGAUUGUGCUGCCAAAAGGCCUCGACCUAGACCGACCGAAACGCACGCGGACUUCCUUCACUGCUGAGCAGCUUUAUCGACUCGAGCUCGAGUUCCAGCGAUGUCAGUACGUCGUCGGCCGCGAGCGCACAGAUCUCGCGAGACAGCUGAAUCUUUCAGAAACUCAGGUGAAAGUGUGGUUUCAAAACCGCCGCACCAAACAAAAGAAGGACCAGACAAAAGACACUGACAAACGGAUGUCAUCCACCUCUGAAUCACUCGCCACAUGCAACAUUCUGCGCCUACUGGAGCAGGGACGACUCCUGUCUGUUCCUGCACCUCCACCCAAUCCAUUGUUGGCCCACCCUCACCCAGGCAAUGGCUGUCUCCUCGGAAGCUCAUCUGUGUCCACUUCCUCUGUGGUGAGUAGCACCACCACGCCUCCUGGGGCUGUGGCAGGCGGUGGUGGGACUUUUGGACUGUCCCUGUCUUCAUUAGGGGGCACUCCGCCCUCUCCGCGUCUGGGGGUGCCACCUCCCUCACUUUGCUUUACCAUGCCUCUUUUGGGGGGUGCCCAUCAUGAACUGCCUUCUGGAUAUGGGUGUGGAUCUUCAGCAUUUGAGCCCUACACAAGGAUAGAGAGGAAAGAUGGGGAGCUAGGUGGUAAGAAGACAGUUUCCUAAAAGUGUUCCUCGCCUGUCCCCAUCUUCCUUUCUCAGGGGUCUCACCUGUGCCGUGGUCAGCCAGGAGUUGUUGGACAGUGUGUAUGUUUGCAAAAACUCAAACAAGUAGAGAAAUAGAGACUAAAGGAUGUUUUUGCUCUUUGUCUUCAUUUUUUCUGGCCUCUCUUGCGCUAGUGCCUACAACCAAAUGCAUGGAAAAUGGCCAGUUAGGCUCCAACUUUCCUGUUAAGGUGUGGUUAGGAGGAGUUUUCAAGAGACAAAGGAUGAAGCCUUGUAAUUAAGCAUCAAUGUAUUCAGUAUGCUUCGUGGUGAAUUUUUGUUCACACAGCUACACAAUUUCCUUCCAUUUAUGAAUUACGUGUGUAUUUGGUGCAGAUGAUGACAGAUUCUGUUAAUGUAACUGUAAAAGGCAAAUUUACUUCACAACAUAAGUUUAAGUUAUCCAAAUGGGUGUAAAAAAGAAAAUGGACGAAAAAAUUAUGUCAAGACGUUAUGUUUGAUCAUAAUUGUAAUGCGUUUUUAUGCUGCUCUAAAUUAAGUGACUAUAAUUGUCAACAUGGUAGUGUUUUCGGUGAUCUAAAUGUGUGUCUGCGUGAAAGUAUAAGAAUAGGAGAACUAUCUUUUAUUGUCCUUUAGAUAUUAAAUUUCAAGGUACUGACAAAUUAUUCAAACUGGAGAUUGCUGAUGCUAAACUAUCUAUCUAAUCAGUUAAAUGAAUAUUCUAGAGAACUGAAUUAUUAUUAAUUUAAGCAACUUCAACAUGCGCGUCUGGAGAAUGACCCAUGUCUUCAGAACGGUGCAUUUUCAAAAAUAGAAAUGAAUUAAUGAAUAUAAUGCAUCCAUUUAAUGAAUUACCUUUUAUUUGCAUUUUUUAUCAAGGCCAUACUGUCAUUUUCCAAACCUCUUUAAAUUGUAUUUGUCUCUUCAUAGCACAUUCAAAUCUUAAUUUAAAGCAUCAAUGACUAUACAUUACCCUCACUGGCUCAGCAACAUUGAGGUUUGCCCCGGUUAACAUGCUGCGUAUUAACAGAGAGUUGCUUCCAAAUGUAAUUGACAAAAAAGGGCUAAAUAUACUGACUUUCACGAUUACCAGUCACUUUGAUUAAUUCAGCACCUGUUUUCAUCCUUCAAGAUCUUAAGCAAUGCUAAAUUACUGAUCAAAUGUUCACAGAUUCAGCUUCACAUUAGACUCCAAGCAUGGACAUACAGUUCUAUUCAGUAGAGCCACAAGAUGGAUGUAUUAUCUUAUAGGUUUAAAGGCACAAAAACAUCCUGCUAUUAGCAUUGUCCUUUAUAAGCUUUUGGGUUAGUUUGGUGCUCUUUACCAACGCAGACUUAUUGCAGUUUAUAAGUAUUUUACGAAAUAGCUAAUUCGUAUUCAUUUGUAUAACCACAUAGAAUUUGUAGAAUUCUGCGUGAUUUGCUUUCACUACUGUGACAUUGGUGUUAAGGGUGUGGUUUCAUUAAAAAAUAUAUAUCGUCGCUGCCCGAUGAAACUCGUAUGUCUAAAACGGUUACUUUUCAGAAAGUGAAAAAAACACAGUAUAUCAAAAGCAGUUGAAUGUAGCGUUGUCAUACUUGGUACGGCAUAUUAACAUGUAACCAUAUUCUUGCCAGUGUAAUGAUAUAAUCCACAUUUGACCAAAAUUGAGUUUAAAUGGACAGUCGUGCAUAUUUUACAGUAACUUUGAACGAUACGCGUUCUUCCGAUCAUUAAUUAGAAUGGCCAAGUCGCGUUUCGUAUUGACAGAUGAAUACACUCAGUUCAUUAAAUAGUCAAUGAUUACAAUGAAUUUCAUUACACAUGUACAAGAAAACACACCAUAAAAAUACAACGCAACAUAUGUGACACUAGACCACAAAACCAGUCUUAAGCAUCGUUUACCUCGAUGAAGGAAAGUCAUUGUCAUGUUUAUUCAGCUAUAUCCAGUGCUGAGCUUCGAUGAAACUUUACGAGACCGGCGAGAUGCUUCACAGGCGGAAGAUAUGCGGCAUGAUUGACAGCUUUGACACCAAAUGGGUAUACGUGAAAAUCAGAUGACAUGAUUUCACAAGUUUUUAUUGGCCAUUUAGGUAUGUGACGCAUACUGUAUACGGAAAUGAACCUGGACAUUCAAUCUGUCGAAAAAUCUCAAAAUCGGCAAAAUGAACAUACGUGAUUUUCAUCGGACAGCGACGAUAUAUAUAUUUUUUUAAUGAAACCACACCCAUAUAUAUAUAUCAUAAGGUGUUGUAUAAUUUGCUUACAAAUUCAUACAAAUUAGCCAUCUCAGAAAAACUUACAAUUUGCAAUAAGAUUGUGUUGGUAACCAGCUGCAAGAGCACCAAACUAAGCUUGAAAAGGAGAAUGGUAGUCUCUUAUCAUUUGCAAAAAUGUAUAAAAAUUACCGUAGGCAACUCAGACUGGGUUUACAGUACAUGACUCUAGUAUUACAACCCAAAAAUUGUGAAUUCUUUUAUUACUUUAAAUCUAAUGCACUUUAUGAUUUUCUUUAAUUUCUGGCUUAUAUCAAUUAAUAAUAAAUUUUAUAAUUUUUUUAAACCCCAACUAUUGGCAGCUUUUGAUUGUUGAAAAAAAUUCAGAGACUUCAGAGUUCUAGCCAUCUAUAGAAAUGUUUUUUGUUGAGAUACGGGUGUGAUAAAUCCAUUCAGCGAUUUUAAGCUAGUCUAACCCAUGCAGACUCAUGACUCGUGUAGUAUUUCCAUAUUUCAGGGGGUAUUACUGUAUAUAGUAAGUGUGUAUGUCUGUGCCAAUAGCAUCGCUAAUUGAAAUUACAACAAUAAUGAUGUCCCAUUGCCUCAUAAUCAUGCCAGUGGUGUUGUGUUGUGCUAUUAAACAAAGCAAUCUUUGAGGGCCUCAGAUCCAUUGUGUUGUGCAGUCAUUGUACAUCAAUCUGCCAGAAACAUGGAACACAUUAGUAUUAUAGUUUCUAUAGUGUUGUCUCAUUAGUGUAGACAUUAUCAAAGUUAUAUGGUAAACUUUUUCAUAUAUUCUUAACUCUACCAUUAUUCCUAAACGGUGUUGGUUGAGAUUAAGACUUCUGAAGAACAAAGACCCUUGAAAAUAGUUUGGGUUACUUAAAAAUCCUUAAAAAUUUUAUUGCGGUACCAGAAUUUCAGCCAGUACCAAAAGUUCUUAUCACAGUGUUUGUGUCGUUGAACACUGUUAUUUUCUAUGAGCAUCACGUACAGUUCAGUGCAGCUAUUUUUCAAUUUGAAUA